AGUUACUUCAAAUGACCUCAGCUACCACUCAUUUUCGGCUGUUAAAAUAAUUGUGGAAAACCCGGUAUAAAUAUAAGCUGUCAUGAACAUUAUUUUGGAAGCAUUUAAAACUAAAAUAGGAACGACAAAGAAUAAUUAUUGCAACUUUUAUUUAUCGAAUUGCAAUGACGGGUUUAUAUCUUCGACUAACUUCGCGUGUACCGUCGGCCGUCUUCAGUGAAUCGAAAUUCCGAGCUCUUAUUCCUCUAAAAUCUUUUAACGCUAUAAAUUCCAGUUGAAUUUUUAAGUAUUAAAGCAUUUGGGAUAAUAUUUAAAAUGUCUGGAACAUUUCGGAAAUGUAUGAAGAAUUAUGGAUUUUUAAAAAGAAGAGUGUUAUUAAAUUGUCAAAAGACAAAUUAUUUAGUUUCUAUGUCACACUAUUCAUCACGUUCAAAUGAAGAAGAGUUACCAAAUCUUUAUCGACAUUUACAUUCGAAAAUCGUAGCAUGUGGACCUAUUACUAUUGCUGAGUAUAUGAGAGAAGUAUUAACUCAUCCAACUGGAGGUUAUUACAUGAAUAGAGAUGUUUUCGGAGAAAAAGGAGAUUUUACAACAUCUCCAGAAAUCACACAGUUAUUCGGGGAAGUAUAUGAUUGCAGUUUGGAUAGUGUAUGAAAAAAUGAGAAUUGCUAAAUGUCCCUUCCAAGUUGUUGAGCUAGGUCCAGGUAGAGGAACUUUAAUCAAAGAUAUAUUACGGGUAUUCAAGCAACUGCACAUUUUAAACGACAUGUCAGUACACUUGGUGGAGAUUAGUCCUGCUUUAUCAUUAAUUCAAGCAAAUAACUUAUGUAAAACAACUAAAGAACAUAAUAUUAAAGCAAGCGAGUCCAAACAGAAUAUUGUCACUUAUUAUAGAGAGGGUGUUACAGAAGAUAAUGUAAAUAUAUAUUGGUAUUAUUCAAUUAAGGAUAUACCUAAAGAGUUUAGUAUAUUUUUAGCACACGAGUUUUUUGAUGCUCUGCCAAUACAUAAGUUUCAGAGAACUGAUAAAGGAUGGAACGAAGUUUUAGUAGAUAUAAUUGAAGGAUGUAAGGAAGAAAAAUUUCGUUAUGUAUUAUCCAAUGUACAAACGUCCACUAUGCUUUAUAUCUCUAAUGACGAAAAACGAGAUCAUGUAGAAGUCAGCCCACAAACACUUGCUACAGUAAAAUAUAUAGCCCAAUACUUAUUGGAAUGUGGUGGAUUUGCUUUAAUUUGUGAUUAUGGACAUAAUGGCGAUAAAACAGAUACAUUUCGCGCAUUUUCUCAACAUAAACAACAAGAUCCACUCUCACAUCCAGGAACUGCAGAUUUAACAGCAGAUGUGGAUUUUUCAAUGAUAAGCAAGGUUGCAGAAAAAGAUGACAAGCUGAUAACAUUUGGACCAAUAACUCAAGCAAGUUUUUUGAAAAAUAUUGGGAUUGAUAUACGGUUACAAAUACUUUUACAAAACACAUCAAAAGAAGCUAAAGAACGUUUAGAAUCUGAAUAUCAUAUGAUAAUAGACGAAGAUAAGAUGGGGAAUAAAUUUAAAUUUUUAUCUCUAUUUCCUUCUGUCUUGAAAGAUUAUUACCAGAAAUUUCCAGUGACGGGAUUUUGUGAUAAAUGAAAAGGAUGAAAUGUAAGAUAUAACAGUGAAAUGUCUAAUUUACAAUUUCAAUAAAAUAAAAUAAUAUUUAUUUGCAUUAAUAUUUGUACAGAUAUCAUUAUCAAAUUCACAUUUCAGUUUUAAACACGAAUCUGUAAUUUAGUACCAUGUAUUAAUAUUGCUGAAUUACAUCAAUUCACUAUUGUGCAAUCAAACUUUUUCCAAGUUUCCAAAAAUUUCAGUACUUUUUCUCGUUGUCGAUCGAAAUUUUCUCCCUUCGGUUUACGCCAUACAUCAUGAUGUAAAUCUAACAUUCCACCAAUAAUCUCCUGCAAUAAAAAGCAAAAAAUUGUUUUCUUAGAUAACCAUAUUGUCUUCCUUAGGUGUAUUUAAUAAAAAUAUUACCUUUGCAAAAGUUUUUGGAAACAUAUUUUCAUCUUCUAUGACAUGCGCAUAUCCCUUGUCGAUUUCAAAUUCAACCAUGAAAUAAGAUAAACCAUUUGGUAUGGCUUGUCUUACGUCCUUGCGUUCUAAAUUAAUAACCUUCUUGUUCAUAGACCACUCUGUUUCGCAUUCCAGUAAUGCUUUCUGUAUACAAAAUUAUGAUAAAUAUUAAUAAAGAAUAAAGAUUAAUUUAAUUAAA